AUGAGCCUCAACAGGUCCCAGGAGGAGAGCCCAGAGGUCAAAGAUGCUUUCAAAGACAUUUCCAUAUACUUCUCCAAGGAAGAAUGGGCACAGAUGGGAGACUGGGAGAAAAUCCGCUAUAGGAAUGUGAAAAGGAACUAUAAUGUGCUGAUUGACAUAGGUCUCAGAGCCCCUCGACCGGCUUUCAUGUGUCACCGAAGACAGGCCACCAAAUACAAGGUGGAUGACACUGAGGAUUCUGAUGAAGAAUGGACACCUAGGCAACAAGUCAAACACCCUUGGAUGGCCUUCAGAAUGGAACAGAGUAAACGCCAGAAGGUGAGUAAAUGCAUGUUGUCUUUUAAUAUGCAUUUGAAGGAAUUGUCAGGACCAGCAAGUUUACCGAACAUUAGUGGCUCAGAGCAGCACCAGAAACAUAUGUCCUCUCCCAGAGAAGCAAGUACCUCUGGACAGCAUUCUGGACGAAAAUCGGAUCUCAGGAUAAAGGAGAUUGAAGUGAGGAUGUAUAGCCUGCGAGAAAGAAAGGGCCAUGCUUACAAAGAGGUCAGCGAGCCUCAAGAUGAUGACUAUCUCUAUUGUGAAAAGUGUCAGAACUUCUUCAUUGACAAUUGUGCUGUUCAUGGGCCCCCUACAUUUGUAAAGGACACUGCAGUGGAGAAGGGGCACCCCAACCGCUCAGUCCUCAGCCUGCCCUCUGGGCUGGGAAUUAGAACUUCGGGCAUCCCUCAGGCUGGGUUUGGAGUAUGGAAUGAGGCAUCUGAUCUACAACUGGGGCUGCACUUUGGCCCUUAUGAGGGCCAGGUCACAGAGGACGAAGAGGCAGCCAACAGUGGAUACUCCUGGCUGAUCACCAAGGGGAGAAACUGCUAUGAGUAUGUGGAUGGGAAGGAUGAAUCUCAAGGCAACUGGAUGAGGUAUGUGAACUGUGCCCGAGAUGAAGAGGAGCAGAACCUGGUGGCCUUCCAAUACCACAGGCAGAUCUUCUAUCGGACCUGCCGAGUCAUCAGGCCAGGCUGUGAACUGCUGGUCUGGUAUGGGGAUGAGUAUGGCCAGGAACUGGGCAUCAAGUGGGGAAGCAAGUGGAAGAAAGAGCUCACAGCAGGGCAAGAACCAAAGCCAGAGAUUCAUCCAUGUCCAUCAUGCUCUCUGGCCUUCUCCACUCAGAAAUUCCUCAGUCAACAUGUAGAACGCACCCACCCCUCUCAGAUCUCCCAAGGAACAUCUGGAAGAAAAAACCUCCGACCACAAACUCCCUGCCCCAGGGAUGAGAAUCAGGAGCAGCAACAUUCUGAUCCAAACAGCAGGAAUGACAAAACCAAAGGUCAAGAAGUCAAAGAAAUGUCAAAAACCUCUCAUAAAAAGACACAGCAGAGCAGGAUUUCAAGGAUAUUUUCCUGCCCACCCAAAGGACAAAUGGGGAGUUCUAGGGAGGGUGAAAGAAUGAUAGAGGAAGAGCCCAGACCAGACCAGAAAGUGGGUCCAGGGGAUACAGAAAAAUUUUGUGUGGCAAUAGGGAUCUCAGGAAUUGUAAAAGUCAAGAAUAGAGAGUGUGUGCAAAGUUUCAGUAAUAAGUCAAACCUCAGGCACCAGAGGACACACACAGGGGAGAAGCCCUACAUGUGCAGGGACUGUGGGCGAGGAUUUAGUCAUAAGUCAUCCCUCUUCAGACACCAGAGGACACACACAGGGGAGAAGCCAUAUGUGUGUAGGGACUGUGGGCGAGGAUUUAGUCUAAAGGCAAAUCUCCUCACACAUCAGAGGACACACACAGGGGAGAAGCCCUACGUGUGCAGGGACUGUGGGCAAGGAUUUAGUCAAAAGGCACACCUCCUCAGGCACCAGAGGACACACACAGGGGAGAAGCCCUACAUGUGCAGGGACUGUGGGCAAGGAUUUAGUAGAAAGGCAUACCUCCUCACACACCAGAGGACACACACAGGGGAGAAGCCCUAUGUGUGCAGGGACUGUGGGCAAGGAUUUAGUCAAAAGGCACACCUCCUCACACACCAGAGGACACACACAGGGGAGAAGCCCUAUGUGUGCAGGGACUGUGGGCGAGGAUUUAGUCAUAAGUCAUCCCUCUUCAGACACCAGAGGACACACACAGGGGAGAAGCCCUACAUUUGUAGGGACUGUGGGUAGAGCUUCCGUGAUAGGUCAAAUCUCCUCAGACACCAGAGGACACACACAGGGGAGAAGCUGUAUGUCUGUAGGGAGUGUGGGCAAGGAUUUAAUCUAAAGGUAACCCUCCUCACACACCAGAGGACACACACAGGGGAGAAGCCCUAUGUGUGCAGGGACCUUGGGUAGAGCUUCCAUAAUAGGUCAAAUCUCCUCACACAGAGGACACACAUAGGGGAAAAGCCCUAUGUCUGCAGGGACUUUGGGCGAGGAUUUAGUCAAAAGGCACACCUCCUCACACACCAGAGGAGACACACAAAUGCCUAUGCUUUCAAGAAGGGUUAA